UCCUUCAAUUUCUUCGACCUGUCUAUAUCUCGUAACCUUUCCCCUGCAUUGAAUCCAAUUGAAUCCCCUCUUUGCCUCUUGGCUUCUUCUCUCUAUCUCUCUCUCUGUAUAUACAUACUUUCAGACUUGCAGAAAAAGCAAAAGAGGUGGCGAGGAAAGAGAGAGAGAGAGAGAGACCAAAACACAAGAACCCGAAAAACCAAAACACCAAAACAGUGACCAGAAAAUAAGAAACGAGAUAAAGAAAUGGACGGGCUGCGUUAUUUUCACGACAAGUUACCGCUGGUUUCUCUCCUUGUUCUUCUUCCUCUCACUACUACUCUUUCGAUAUUAGCCAACGCAGCGCCUUUUAAUCUCACCACCAUCCCCUUCGACGAGGGCUACAACCAUCUCUUCGGCGACGGCAACCUCGUCCGAUCCCCGGAUGGAAAAGGCGUCCGCCUCCUCCUUGACCAAUACACAGGGUCUGGCUUCAUUUCCUCCUCUCUUUACGACCAUGGCUUCUUCAGCGCCAAGAUUAAGCUGCCGUCGGAUUACACCGCCGGUAUUUGCGUUGCUUUCUAUACAUCAAACGCUGACGUGUUUGAGAAGAGCCACGAUGAGUUGGACAUAGAAUUCUUGGGUAACAGAGAACGAAAGCCAUGGAGGUUCCAGACCAACUUGUACGGCAACGGCAGCACCAACCGCGGCCGUGAGGAGCGGUACCGCCUCUGGUUCGACCCAACAAAAGACUUCCACCGUUACAGCAUCCUCUGGACCCCUAAUAACAUCAUAUUUUACGUGGAUGAAGUACCAAUAAGAGAGGUAGUGCGCAAGGAAGCAAUGGGUGGUGACUACCCAUCAAAGCCAAUGUCCUUGUAUGCAACCAUAUGGGAUGCCAGCAACUGGGCCACCGAUGGCGGCAAGGCCAAAGUGAACUACAAAUUUGCCCCCUUCGUCGCCGAAUUCAAAGACCUAGUACUCGAAGGCUGCCCUGCCGACCCUAUCGAGCAAUUCCCAUUCGCAGAGUUCUGCGCCGAGAAACUUGCCUACCUCACCUCUCAGGACUACUCUACCAUUUCACAUGCGCGGCGGGCGGCCAUGCGCCGGUUCCGUCAACGUUACAUGUACUACUCAUAUUGUUAUGAUUCGUUGAGGUACCCCGUACCAAUGCCUGAGUGCGAGAUCAUUCCUGCAGAGAAGGCGCGGUUCAAGGAUACCGGUAGGUUGAAGUUUGGAGGCAGUCACAAAAAGCAGCCUAAGAGGCGGAGCCGGAACCAAGGUGCGGCUUCCGACAACCAGGUAGAUAUGUGAUGAUCAUAUCAUUAUCAUCAUCAGUGUGAUUUAUAUGUAAAUUGAAAUAUUGUAGUGUUGGCCGGUUAAUCAUAAUUUUGAUUUCUUUGUCUCCCCAAA